AUGAGCGUCACCAAGGCCCCCGAGGCCACCGCCAUCGCGCGAGAGGCCAAAGUGCACAGCUCGUCCGAGAAGCACUCGGCCAACGCAGGCUCGGACAACCACAAGGAUGUUGAGAAGCACCCUUCUGGCCACUCGUUCGCCGAGGGCAUCCCCAGUGCUGACGACAGGCCUGAGGCCAAUGCGACCGACUCAGUCUACUCUCGCAAGGUCUACCUCGUCAAUCGCGUCAUGAACGAAAAUUCGUCCUCAUCUGCGUGCGAGGGGAUGUUGACUAGUGCGCGCUCUCUGUUGCAGAUCGGCAUGGGCCGCUUCCAGUGGGCGCUGUUCUGCCUCAGCGGCCUCGGCUGGCUGUUGGACAACUUGUGGCUGCAGGCUGUCGCCAUCAUCCUUCCGCAGAUCCAGAACGAGUUUGGCAUCGAGCACCCGCAGUUCAUGACGCUCUCCCUAUACAUUGGCCUCAUCAUCGGCGCCUCGUUAUGGGGCGUCCUCGCUGACGUCAUCGGUCGCCGCCCCUCAUUCAAUGUCACGCUCUUCCUUGCCGGAGUUUUUGGCGUCGUCGGCGGCGCUGCUCCUAGCUUUGUGGGCCUCGGCGGCAUCCUUGCCGCGCUCGGGAUUGGGCUCGGUGGUAACCUGCCCGUCGACGGAAUGCUCUUCCUCGAGUUCAUCCCCGGCGCAAACCAGUACCUGCUGACGCUGCUGUCGGUCUACUGGUCACUCGGCCAACUGAUCGCCAGUCUCCUCGCCUGGGUGCUCAUCGCGAACUUCUCCUGCGCCGAAGAUGCGACGAAUGUGCCGUCCAGGAUCGAAACCCUUGCCAGCCAGGGCAUCAUCGCACGGGCCUGCCUCAAGGCCGAUAACAUGGGCUGGCGCUACGCAUUCUUCACGUUUGGCGGCCUCACGCUCGUCUGCUUCAUCCUCCGCUUCUUUGUCUUCAACCUGCCCGAGUCGCCCAAGUAUCUCAUUGCCAAGGGCCGCGACUCCGCCGCGGUAAAAGUGCUCAAAGACGUCGCUGCACGCAACGGCGUCACGCUCACCGACGAGGAUAUCAGCGUCGACAUCCUCAAAACCGCCGCCGGAGAGAAGGUCGAGGAGGCCGACCUGGCUGAGGAAAAGGAUGAGAGCGUGCUCAAGACCAUGCUCCGAGGCGUCUCGAUGAAGAUGUUCACGCCCGAGCUGUCGCACGUCCGCCCUCUCUUUUCUGGCUGCAAGCUCGCUUACAACACGUCCAUCAUCAUUCUCCUCUGGGGAAUGAUCGGCCUCGCCUACCCGCUCUACAAUGCUUUCCUGCCCAUCUACCUCAGCCGCGCCGUCGGCGACGCGCCUGCCCCUACCACUAACGAGACGUACAAGAACUACGCCAUCAUCUCCGUCUGCGGCGUACCCGGAUCUAUCAUCGCUGCUUGGCUCGUCGAGCUGCCGCGCUCCGGACGCCGUGGUGCCAUGUCCCUCGGCACGGUCCUCACUGGUGUCUUCCUCUUCGCUUUCACUGCAGCCCGUACAAGCGCGCAAAACCUCGCGUUCAACUGCGUAACGGCUCUCACGCAGAACAUUAUGUAUGGAGUCCUGUACGGCUACACACCAGAAGUUUUCCCUGCUCCGCAUCGUGGCACUGGCGACGGCAUCGCUGCAUCGUUCAACCGAAUCUGCGGUCUCAUGGCGCCGAUCAUUGCGAUAUACGGCUCCGCGAACAACCCCAAUGUGCCGGUCUACGUGUCGGCUGCACUCUUCGUCCUUGCUGGCCUGCUCAUGGUCACGCUGCAAAUCGAGUCGCAGGGCAAGACUGCUUUGUAAACGCGAGUUCCAAGGAGACCAGGUUGGGGUGGGCGAAAGGGAUGUGUUUCCUACUCGCAGCAUUCGAGUUCCUAGUAUCAUCUUGGAUUUCUUUUAAGCAGCAACCUUGAAACGUAUACUGCCUGCUCAGCGGGGUCCGAUUGCCACCCGCCAUACCCUAUGUCUUGUGCCUGCAGGCCCGUUUCAUGCUUCAGAAAUACAUCAUUG